GAGAGGGCUUACAGCAGAACUACUUCCGGGUUGCUGGGUGACCUUGAUUCCUUAGAAGCAAGAUGGCGGCUCUGAUAAGGCUGAGUGUCCUCUGCAGUGCCCGAGGAGGCCGAGCUCUGUUCCUCCGAACCCCCAUGGUGAGACCUGCUUGUGUCUCAGCAUUUCUCCAGGAUUCACGUACCCCAGCCUGGUGUGGAACACAGCACAUUCAUCUGUCACCAAGCCGACACGCCGGAUCCACAGCGGGAUCUCUCCACUGGACUGGCGAGAGGGUUCUCGCUGUUGGCCUCCUGGGCCUGCUUCCAACUGCAUAUUUGAAUCCUUGCACCCCGGUGGACUACUGUCUGGCUGCAGCCCUCACACUCCAUAGUUACUGGGGCCUUGGACAAGUUGUUACUGAUUAUGUUCACGGGGACACGUUGCCAAAGGUUGCCAGAGUAGCCCUGGUGCUCUUCUCAUCUGUAACCUUUGCUGGGCUUUGUUAUUUCAACUAUCACGAUGUGGGCAUCUGCAAGGCCGUGGCCAUGUUGUGGAAGCUCUAACUUCACCCAUUAAGAAUUGAUUGUAUGCACCUUUGUCUCUGCUCUGUUAUGCCAUUCAGCUUACAGUAAAAAAAGAAAUAACAGAUGAGUACACUGGUGGAUAAACCUUCUCCUGAUUACAUGGUUAUUUUCAGAAUUUAAUGUGGAGGAAAAUUUUGAGAGGAAUUAGAUCUAAGAAACUGAGACUGAGUUCUGUGUAGUGGUGUCUUCCCACCUCAUAAAACCAUUGGUGUCAACAGUAUAUAUGGUUGGUUUCUUUGUUUUUGUUUUUAGUUUCUUUGCCUUUUAACUUAUCAAUUUAUCAAUCUCUUAAAAUAAUUCAGCUUUAUUGCUAUCAGUACAUGAUAAUACUUAUGUUUUUGUCCUGGAACUAAUGGACAGAGGGAAAGCUUAUUCGAUUGUGAGUAAAGACUGCAGAAAAUUGGUCGGUAUUUCAGUUUUGGAAGUGUCCCUCAGUUCUGUUGAUACUGGAAUUGAUGGUCACAGUCCUAUGGGAACUUUAAAAUUUGAAGGUGCUUUAUCUCACAUUACAGAUUUCUAGAUCCCAGAAGGGAAACUGAGAGCUUCCCCAACAGAUGUACUAAAAUUUAGGAACGAGAUUUUCCCUGUAGAUGUACUAAAAUAUUUCAGAUUCCAAACACAUUUCAUCUUCAAAAGUAAGUAGCAAAAUAGUUUUCCACUGUGGACAUUGCUAAUGGGAAAAUGUAUUCUAUGAAAGGUUUUUAAAAUAAAAAUUGUAUAAUAAAAAUAUAUUCUAUU